GAAAAUUAGUUCAUGGGCUACUGACAUGAAAGAAAGGGUCAGUGCUUCUACAGUUAUUAACGCAUAAGCUAUAGGCUUGAUUUGUCUUGCAGAACCAACAAAAGUGACUUCUCAUCCACAACCCUAAACCAACCCACUUUUUAUUAUUCGUCUAUUGGUGAAGAUCUUUUCUUCUGUUCUCUCCCUAUAUAUCUUCUUCAGGGUUUCUCUCGAUCAUCAUUUGGCUCUAUAGAAGUUCUGGUGGUUUGUAAUUCAGCGCUACUUGGAAUGGAUAGAUCGAUGGACAAUUCCAGACCUAACAAAUUGGGUGGCGGCGGCAGCGGUUCUGGAGAUGAGGGUAAAGCUUGCACUCGCGGACACUGGAGACCUGCUGAGGAUGAAAAACUCCGGCAACUUGUCAGGCAAUAUGGAGCGCAUAACUGGAACGCGAUAGCUGAAAAGCUUCAAGGAAGAUCGGGCAAGAGUUGCAGGUUGAGGUGGUUCAAUCAGCUGGACCCAAGAAUCAACAGAAGGCCUUUCACAGAGGAUGAAGAAGAACGGCUUUUGGCAGCACAUCGCGUUCACGGAAACAGGUGGGCACUGAUAGCUCGACUGUUUCCAGGUCGAACUGAUAAUGCCGUGAAGAAUCACUGGCAUGUCAUAAUGGCCAGAAAGCAAAGGGAGGAAUCAAGGUUAUUGCCUAGUUAUAAGAGGAGCUACCAAGAUUCUCUCAUUGAUUUCAAGGGUUUGCAUGGAAUUGGGAAAUCGGCAUUCGUUGUGCAGCCUAGCUCUAAUUACGGGUUGGAAAAGAAGCAAGAUAGACAUUUCGAUUCUUCUUUGCUUCCUUGGAAAUUUGCCCCAUCUGUGUCUGCGGCGAUGGCUCCGCCGGCAUCCUUCUUGGUGGGACUCGCCCGAGGAGAAAAGAGAGACUAUAGCGCUUCUGGGUUUUGUGAUUGCACCUGGGAGAGCUAUCAAUCCUUGAACAAUAAUUUGCCAAGCUAUGCUGCGCUAGCCCUUCCGAAUUACGCAAGUCCCCUAAAGUAUCCGAGACAUGGAAAUGACUAUGAAGCAACCCAAAUGAUCAGAAAAAACGACGGGGAUCCCCGUGAUAGUCUGGCAAACGCGAAUAUGAUGGCUGCUGGGCAAGGAGGAGGAAAUGAAUCGAUCGUGCGCAAAGAUGUUCCCUUCAUUGAUUUUCUUGGGGUAGGAAUCACAUCUUGAUGAUUAUAUUACUGAAAUUAGCUGUAGCUCCUAGCUAAAUUAUGACGGUUUUGUUCAUUGAAAACGUUACGUAGAUGAGAGCCCUUACUCUGUCUUCGGAAGUCAUAUUCUGGGUAGCAUGGAAAGGAAUAGUCGAGCUUAGUGCUGGAGAUCAUUUUACUAUAAUACUUUAUUUUUAUUUUUAUUUGGAGGGGCAUGGUUUUCCCGGAAAAUAUCAUGUUUCAGUUUAGUUUCAUGGGAAAAUCGAAUGGAUUCUUUCAGCGUUUUCCACCAA